CGCGAAGACAGUUGCCUGAAGGGGCACCACAUGCGCUAGAUGCGAAGCGCACGCCGCGUUUUGGGAAAAGUGGCAUCGCGCGUGUCGCCAGUGCUUCCAGGAUCAUCUCCGGGGUUUCAUGCCUUCCAGCUAAUUACGCUACACCAAUUCGGGCAGAAUCCCGGAGUCUGAACAUGACGCCCCAGGCGCUGUCGUGCGUAUUGCGAAUGUCGUUCCGGCAUAUGGUAUUGCUUGAUAGUUGUGUAUGGAGCGAGCUCCAGCUGCAACUGACUUUCUUCUCCACAUGCUUGCCAUUUGUGCAGGCGAAGCCACGCAGCGAUGAGCUCGUACAGCGUGUCGCCGGUUUCAUCCACUUCAACACUUGCCUCGCUGAAAGAAGCAGUGGUCAAUCUUACUCCAAUCAGAACAGAAUGUGACGCCGCCGCCGCCAGAACUGACCCAAACUAUCGGUGGCGCCCGCGUCUCCAUCUUACAGCGACUCGUGGGUGGAUCAACGAUCCAUGCGCGCCUGGAUACGACUCAGCCAACAAAACUUACCAUCUUGGUUUUCAAUGGAAUCCACACAGCACAGAAUGGGGAAACAUCUCAUGGGGCGCAGCUUUGUCCCGUGACUUACUUGCCUGGAAAGUCUCAGACCAACCUUCUAUGAAGCCCACGGACUGUCACGACUCCAGUGGUGUAUUCACUGGCUGCAUGGUUCCAACGGCAAUUGAUGGCAAAGAAGAUGGUACCGUGACUGCGAUUUACACAUCAGUUUCACGUCUACCCAUUCACUACUUGAAGCCAUACCACCGAGGCUCUGAGUCCGUGGCUCUGGCUACUUCCACCGAUUCUGGUAGAACGUGGGCGAGACAGGCAAAAAAUGUAUUCCUAGGGCAGCCUCCUCUGGGAUUAGCAGUCACUGGAUGGCGUGACCCAUUCGUUGCACGUUGGCCCGCUAUGGAUAGUCUUAUUACGAAAGGAACCAUGUACCAAAACUCUGGGCAUAUGUACGCUAUUGUAGCGGGAGGCAUCAAGGACGAAACCCCAACUGCUUUCCUGUACCGGAUCAGCGCACAUGCCCUUGACAAGUGGGAAUACCUAGGGCCCCUCAUUACUGUUGGCUUGAACUUCUGCCCAUCACCGCGGUGGAGCGGGGACUUUGGCGUAAAUUGGGAAGUUAGCAACUUCGUGUCACUAUCAACUGAAGACAACCUAAUUUCUCGCGAAUUCCUCAUAUGUGGCGUCGAGGGUCGCUUGGCUACAACCGAUGACAUACGAACCAAGGGCAGUUUUCGUGCUACAAAUGCGCAGAUGUGGAUGUGCGGCAUGAUCGACCCCCUGAAAGUAUUGCCAAUGAGCUACCAAUUCGGCGGAAAGCUGGAUCACGGCAUCUACUACGCCGGUAACUCGUUCUGGGAUCCGAUCGCACGACAACACAUCAUCUUCGGAUGGCUGCUUGAAGAUGACCUUGACAUCCAACUCCGGAAAAAGCAGGGCUGGGCUGGUGUCAUAUCGCUACCAAGGGUGCUCAAGAUGCAUAUCUUAAAAUCUGUUACCGGCGCCAUCGCCUGUUCACUGGAAUCAAUUGGGUCCGUCGAGCUGCUCCCAGAGGACACGAACGGCACAAGCUUCACCGUUGUGAGUCUGUGCGCGGUCCCAGACCUUCGACUGCAUCAAUUGCGUGGACGUCGUUUUUCUCUAGGGACAGAGCUUGCUGGAUUUAGGCUAUUUCCGGAGUCUUGGGGUCAAUGGGAGAUGGAGUUGUCAUUCGCCGUUUCCGGUGAUGCGGCAAGGCUGGGCUUCGAUAUCGUGCACUCACAUUCCGAGCGCACAAGAGUUUAUUUUGAGCCAGCAUCCGAGUCGAUCAUUGUCGAUCGCAGUCGAUCUAGCACCAUUUCCGGGACUCGUAAUUGCCAAGAACAUGCACCGCAUACCCUCUUCAAGUUUGCAAGGCUUGACAAAGAUCACCAGUCCGAUGAGAAGACUGUGCUUGAAGACCUGAGGUUCCACGUCCUGUAUGAUUGCAGUGUCCUAGAGAUCUUCGUGAAUGAGCGAACGGCUUUGACGACGAGGGUUUACCCCGUCUCAGGAACGAGUAAUGGCGUUCGGCUCUUCAUUGAGAGAGAGCAUCAUGCCAGCUCUGGUUCGGUCAUGUCUCAAAUUUUGAGCUGCGAUCUGUGGCCUUUGUCACUACCCUCGUAG